AUGGGGGUGCUCUCGGAUGGCACCUUCACGGUUAAACAUCCAUGGGUUAGCCAAUAUCUCGACGCCCUCGCCCGUGCAUAUUACGAGGCAAUCAUGAAGAACGAGAAGGAUCGGCCGACCUACUACUGGUCACCACAACCCAAGACAAUCCAGCGCCUAGGGUCAGUGGAAGGCGUCAGCGGGCUACUCGAGAUGGAGCUCGACAAGACCCAAAGCGCCCGUAUCCUCGCGUUGGCAGCGCUCAGGGUAUUCGAGAACCCCCGCCAUCCCGCACAUUUCGCGCUGUGGGGGCGCCCGACUGAUAAGCGCUCCGCACAGGUGGUGUAUGAGAUGAUACACCACCAGAUACCACUCAUUACCUCCCCAACGUAUUGGAUGGGGAACGAACAAAUGCUGUACCACCUUCAUCGUCAACAAGCAUUCGAGUUCCCGCUGCAAAAUCGGGCACAUCCAAAAAACGAUGAUGAAGAGGACAGGCUCCAGGCGCGCAAGGCGGUGGCUGAAGCCGCCGCCCAGCGGGCCACCAUUCCCCGCGGCGUUCGGCGCAUCAUCAAAGCCGGCAGCUCCCCAGAGCUUGGAAUUCCGGUCACUGCUCAUGGAAAGCUGCAUGCCUCCACUCCAGCGCUAUCAACAAUGGCUGGAAAUGAUGAAGCGCACGUUGUAACAGUCGAUGGGCGUCCGGUGCCUGUGCGCAGAUCGUGUCGGCAAGCAGCCAAACAAGGUACGGGAACGACAAACCCAUCGGGCCUUGGGUCAAGCACGGCCGUAAAUGAUAUGGUGGCACCAAGUGGUGCAUCUCGGAUGGGGUUGCGCGGCAAGAAGCGUAAGGCUACGGACGUGGAAGAGGCGAAAGGCCCCCUCUGUGAGGCACAAAGCGGAAAGAAAAACGAGGUCCGCUCGUCAAAGAGAAUUACGCUGAAGGCUCCAGCAUACGAGUCGACGACCGCCACCCCACCAAGCGACGCCCCUUCGAGCUCGACCUCCGGCUUUCGAUGGACAUAUCCUCUCCUCAGUGGCCCGAUGCUCGGCGGAACCGACUCGGACUUGCGCGAGCACUCCUUCAUACUCAUGAGCGCUAGUACCAUCUUGAUCGUUAAGUAG